CGCCCUGCCCUCACUCUGAGUGGUCGUGCCUCCUGUGCUCUCCUGAGAAGCGGAACGUCCUCGACAUGCCGUCCCUCGCUGUCCAGGAAUCUCUCUCUCCCAACGUCUCGUGGGAAGCGGACGAGAAGCCACUCAACUUGGACGCUUCUUGUCACAUUGAGCAGCAGACGGACGGAGGAGGUCACGAUGACGCUCAGUCCGAAGACCAAACAAGUGUGUGCGACGAGACUAUCGGUUCUGAAGACUGCAAAAACUACCAGGAGGUUUUUAGAUUCUCCGAGGACCACAAGGAGCAUUUUGGAGACUUCGAGGACUCCAAGCAAGCUUCUGGACUAAGUCAGCAAGCGGCCAGCAAGUCUGCAACAUUCAAAUGUGUCGUGAACGGUGGACAUACUGAGGCGAUGACCGAUGAAACCACCAUCAAGAAAAGGAGAACUGACCUGAAAUGUAUCGAUGAAGAAGGAAAAUGUUGGAAGGAGAAGGACAGGGGACUGGAUGCCUCCAAAGACCGGGAGAGAGCAAAGGAUAAAGGUAGUCAGGUGCUGGAACACGAGGCGCUGGACCGCGGCUGGGCGUGGCUGGUGCUGCUCGGCGCCUUCGUCAUCGAGGCUGUGAUGGGUCUCCUCGUGCCUUGCUAUGGGAUCUUGUUUUCUGACUUGCUCACUAGCUUCAACGCGUCCUCCACGGUGGCCUCAGCGAUAUUCAACGUAGGAGUCUUCGUUGCCUACUGCGCCAACAUGGUGGCGGGGCCGUUGAUGGAGCAGUUUGGGUGGCGAUGCGUGGCUGUGGGCGGCGGGCUCCUUGCCUUCGUCGGAAUGGCAGCCACCGCCUUCACCCCCUCCGCCUACUUCCUUUUAUUCUCUUACUCCAUUCUAUCAGCUCUCGGCCAAGGACACUGCAGUUUCGUGUCAUAUGCAGUCAUGCCACACUACUUCAAGCGACGAAUCGGCAUGGCAAACGCACUCAUGUCGUCGGGAGUUUGCGUCGGCGGCAUAGUCGGGCCUCCGGCGAUAAUCUUCUUGCAGGAGCAAUACGGCUUCAGGGGCGCUACUCUCAUCGUGGCGGCAUUCGCACUCAACUUUUGCCUUGGUGGUGCCUUAUUCCGCCCGCUGCAGAGACCCAGUAACGUGAGUAAGACCACGGAGAGCACGGACAAGGGCGCCAAGGACAAAGAAGCCAAGGACAAGGAGAGCAAGUACAUGCCGAUCAAGAACAGGGACCUCAAGAACAGUGAGGACCAGGAGGUCACAAAGAGUAUGAAUAAGACUGCGGCCACGGGCGAAGACAAGGCUGGACUAUGCUGUGUUGCGAGACAAAUGGCCGCCUCCAUGGUCACGAACAUGAAACUCUUAAAAACCUCUCACGUUGCCUUUAUGUCCUCCGCUGGCGCCUUGAUGAUGGUCGGAGAGGUGAACCUCUCCGCGCUGGUGCCCUUCGUCAUUCAGGAGUACGGGCACACGCAGGAGGCGGCGGGGUGGUGCUUGUCCGUGGCCAACUUCUGCAAUCUAGCUGCUCGCUUCCUCAUGGCCUCCUGCACUGACUUCUCCUGGUUCCACAUCCGCGGCUUCUUCAUCGUCUCCGUGGCCAUGGUAUCCUGCUUUACAGUGGUGGUGGCUUUGGUACAAGAUCUGACGUGGGUGACGGUGGCUCUUGGGCUGUGGGGCUUCGGCGUCGGGAAUUGCUAUGCGCUUCUCCCCCUCCUGUUGCUGCGGCACCUGGGCGUGGGGCGGUACAUGGGCGCCCUGGCCCUCCAUGGCUUGCUGACCGGGCCGGGGACGGUCAUCACCGGUUUUGUGAUAGGUGCUCUCCGUGACUUUAGUGGUAACUACACCAUCAGUCUGUGCUUCAUCGGCGCCACAGUCUCCAUCUCCGUCAUCCUCCUCCUCCUCAUGCCCACCGCCGUGGCCUAUGAUAAGCGAAAGGAAGACAAGCACCGAAAAAAGGACGUUGAAGUUUGGUAACUCCCGCAGCACCCACGAAAACCCAUGAGACAAUCAACUGCUCCGUAAGAAAACUGAAAAAAGGAGGCUGAUGUUCAGUAGCUCCUCAACUCCCCGUCACAAGCGACCAACAGCGGGUAAAGAUCGCUGAGAUGAGAGAUUAACAAGCGAAGAGAAAACCAGCAGUGUCAUACGAACAGUGGUAAAGGGUUGCAGUAACCUUAGGUAGUUCUUAAGGCUCCGACCACAAGCAAAAAUACCAGCAGCGGGUUAAGGACGCUGAGAUGGGGGUAGACAUUUGGCAGCACACAGUCCUCUUCCUUCACGUUAAUGAUUAAUCCCUCACGAAUAUUGAUAGAAGUAGCGGAAGGAAAGAAGAGUAAGGUGAGAGUAUUGAAUGCACGCUUGAUAAAAAAAAAAAAAAUAAAUAAAUAAAACUUAUCAUCUUCACUUGAUUGCUCCAGGAAUUUAAAUAGUGGUCGAGGGAAUGAGGCUUUUCAGUUAUUAAACCUCCUAAAUGUAUUUGUUAAUUUAUCUCAAGGUGUCCGUAUCGUUUAUAAAAUACCUAAAUUACACUCAAUCUUUUGGCAAGACUUCAUAGUAUUAGUAUAAGUGUUUCCAGUGAAGAAAAAGAGAUGUCAGGCACCCUCUUUCAUCAUAUCAAUAGUUGAUUGCGAGAUGUUAGGUCUCAUGGUUGUCUGUAUUGGCAUUGCGACUAAUUUGUUUCAGUGUAUCGUGUGUCGACUCUUCAAACGAUUCGAGCGCGAGCGAGGCGGGUUGUUGUCAGUCAGUGUGGGGGAGGGCAAGAAGGCGUUGGUUGCGUCUGUUGCUCCAGCCUGUUUCGCCCUCUUCUUAACAUAUUUCUGCUGUCUGUGCAUCCCUGUUAGUG